GGCGAUUAGGGUAGAAUGAGACAUUUUCUUUCCUCUAAAAGCAUAGGAAAAGUAAAGCAAAAAUUAUUACUUAACACUUUCAAAAUGGUUGAAAAUUUACAUAUAUGCUACGAUGACUCUUCUCUGAAAAGUUUACUCAAGUCAGCAAACAGCCAAGUGGUUGUAAUACAUUUUGAAGCUGAAUGGGCUGCUGAAUGUAAGCAAAUGAAUGAUGUUUUUAUUCAACUUGCUAAAGAUUUUCAACAUGCACUGUUUAUAAGAAUUGAAGCAGAAGAAUUACCUGAAAUUACCCAGCAGUAUGAAGUCGAAUCUGUGCCUACAUUUAUUCUGCUAAAGAACUCCAAGGUUAUUGAUAAAAUCGAAGGUGCUGAUGCAGCAAGUUUAACAAAAAAAGUUAAACACCAUGUGACUUCAUUUGUUAGUCCUGUUGUUGCUUCAGAAGUUUCUGCUGCUUCCGAUAAAAAUAACUUGGAAGAUCGUUUAAAAAACCUGAUAAAUCAGUCAUUUUGCAUGCUUUUUAUGAAAGGAGAGCCAGAUGCGCCUGAGUGUGGCUUUAGUCGGGAAAUUGUGACUAUUCUCAAAAAUAAUGGCAUUCAGUUUUCGUUCUUUGAUAUCCUUACUGAUGAUACUGUCCGGGAAGGCUUGAAGAAGUUUUCUAAUUGGCCAACUUAUCCCCAGCUUUAUAUUAAUGGAGAACUUGUAGGAGGCUUGGAUAUAGUUAGGGAACUUGCAGAAACUGGUGAACUCCUUCCGCUGUUAUCUCAAAAUGAAGAUUUAAAUACUAGACUUUCAAAACUGGUGAAGAAAGCUCCUAUUAUGGUUUUUAUGAAAGGAAGUCCUGAGAAUCCACGUUGUAAGUUUAGCAAAGAACUUAUGGAAGUGUUACAACCUUUUAAGUUUGAAUCAUAUGAUAUUUUGGAAAAUGAGGAGGUUCGACAGGGUUUAAAGACAUUUUCAGAUUGGCCAACUUUUCCGCAAAUAUAUGUGGGCGGUGAGUUUAUUGGAGGUCUUGAUAUAAUCAAGGGAUUGCGCGACAGCGGAGAGCUGGGGAGUACUUUAUGCCCACCGUCUUAAGUGUGUUUUACUAUUGCAAGAGUACACAACAAGUUCGUUACCUAUUUUAGAAAAAAUGUGUGCGCGAUUGAUACGAUUGACAAGAUCGAUACAAAAGAAACAUCCUCUUACUAGAAUAUCUAGUUUUUAAUAAAAGUUGUUUUAUCGUUUUCAACAUCCAUUUUAUAGUGUCUAAUUUUCGAACUGUAACACUUUUACAAGAAACCGAGAUUUCGUUGGUGAAAGGACAAACUAAACUGUGUUUUUCUAAAUACAUAUUCCGACAAAAAUUUAUGGUUUUUAGAAAGAACUUUUCUACUAA